UAGAUGAUAGAAAUAUCAAAAUACCAUUUGAUGAAUCAUUAUUUGAGUAACAGUAUUUACAAAGGAUUACCUGAUGAAUAAAUCUCAAUUAUAAAGGACUACGUAAAUAAUUACGGAGUAAAAUUUAUUGAGAACUAAAUUAGAAAAACACCUUAUUACAAAGGAUCAUUUUGAAAAUUUACUCAUUUAUAAAUGAGAGUAAUCAAGAAAAUAAAAUAUGCGAUAGUCGGUUAAGGUAAUCGGCGGUCGGUGAAUGCGAUAAUGGCGAUUUCCCACCAGCUGACCGGCGGCCCGUGCUUCUGCUACGCCGGCGCCGAUUCCGGCAAGGAUUAUUGCUACAAUGCCGCGCCCAUCAGACUCGGAUACGGCCUUAGGAGGAGGCGUUUGGCGGUUUUGAACUGCCGGAGGUCAUUAGCCACUGACCUCCGCGUCCGCUUUGCUGAAACUCCGGCUGCCGGCAGGGUUGAUGGCGCUGCCUCGCCCUCCUUGCCCGUUCCCUCCAUUGAAAUCCCCGUCACUUGCUAUCAGAUUCUUGGUGUCUCUAUUAAAGCGGAGAAGGAUGAGAUUGUCAAGUCAGUGAUGCAUUUGAAAAAUGCUGAUGUUGAAGAGGGAUACACUAUGGAUGCUGUUAUUUCUCGCCAGAACCUUUUGAUGGAUGUGAGAGAUAAGCUUCUUUUUGAGCCAGAAUAUGCUGGGAAUGUAAAAGACAAUAUCCUGCCACGGUCUUCAAUUCGAAUACCUUGGGGUUGGUUGCCAGGUGCUCUUUGCCUACUUCAAGAGGUGAAUUUAAUCUUCAAAAUCAUUUCAUUUGGAAGCUUUUACCUGAAUUGAAAUAGAGUUGAGGAAUAUAGCAAUUGGAUGCUAAAUGUAUAUAUGCUUAGUUUUCUCGUUGCCUUCAUCAACAUUGCUCAAUAUUGUCUGCCUGCGUUUGAUCAGUGUUGCACUUUUUAUUUUGAGAAUUUGACUUAGUUUGAUUCAAAGGUAUGUAUUAUAUGGCAACAACAACAACAACCCAGUUAAAUCCCACAAGAGUAGGGUCUGGGGAGGGUGUGUGUACGCAGACCUUACCCCUACUCGAAAGUAGAGAGGCUGUUUCCAAAGAGACCCCCGGCUCAACGUCGAAAGUUGCAUUGCUUGACUAACUGCUACUUCAUUAAUUAAAGAAGCGCAGACAGUUUAGAGAUCCAUUUUGAUUUAUUCCAUCACACCCCAAAGCCAAAAAAUGGUGAAAUUUUGG